AACUUUUGCGCAAUCACCCCCCUGUCGUCCGGCUCGCCGGCUGCGGCCGCUAGUCGCCUCCGGCACGCCCGCGGACUGACUGGCGACAGUCGCUGACUUCACAGAACUCGACGUUUUAGCGGCAUCAUCGACGGAUUCAACCAGAAUAUCUCGGAUUUGGAACCACUUUGGGACGGCUGACGUGUGAUGGUUUCCUGUGCAACUUCCUGACGGCCUGCGGGGUCAGAGGCCGAGGACACCUGCAGCACUUCUGCGUGGAAGUUGUUUAAUCGGGCCUUAGAGGCACGAGCACGUCAAGGCUUGCCAGCACCGACACGUCUGACGUAGCGCCUUGCAGUCGUCUCCGUCGUGAGACAUGUCGCGGGAUCGCCGGAUCGGCCCGUCGGCGUUUGCGAUAGUGGCGGGUGUCGUCUUGGAGCUCCGUCGGCGCGGCUCCUAGCGUGCGCGCCCGCUGGUUCAGGGCGGGGCGAGGUGCUGUCUGCGGACAUGGCGACGCCAGUGCACGGCUGCGCCAUCUAGGCCGUCGGAAAGGGGGAGGUAUAACGCGCGAUGAUCGCACGGCCGCGGGUAUUUAUACGGGCGCCAGGCGGCGAGUGACGGCAUGCCGCUGUUCGACGACGGCUUCCUGGAUGGGGAGCGGGGCGGGCUGCGCGCCUACCGCGUGGGGGCGCCCCGACGGCCGUGGUCCACGCCGGAGCCGGCGCUGCUGUCCGUGCUGCCGCUGUCGCCGGAGCCGCACGACCACGACGACCCCAACGACCAAGACGCAGACAGCGCCGCCCCCAAGCCGCGCGGCGGGAAGCUGGCCCGGCGCGCCCGCUCCUUCAAGGAGGACUUCCUGGAGAUCCUGUCCCAGAUGCGGUCCCCCGGAGGCGGCUCGCCGCACUCGCCCAAGACGCGCGCCGGCCACAAGGGCGCCAGCAUCGAUGCCGUCGACCUGGCCGCCGAGAAGAACCCCGUUCGCGACCUCGACCGCCUCGUCAAGCAGGUCCAGUUUGCGCUGAAACAUUUCCGUGACGUUGUCAGCAAGAACAAGCUGGAGGUUUUACCUGGGAAUGGAACAGUUGUGCUGGAAACUAUCACAACCAUUCAUGGGGUCCUAAAAACAUAUGUCCUUAAUGACCAAAGUUCCACCUUGGUUUCGGCCACGAACCAAGUGUACCAGAGUCUUGCCAAGCUGAUCAAACUGUGUGACGAUGUGCUGCUUCACGGGGAGAAGGCCUUGGACAAGGAGAACGUGUCCGAAGUUGUGCAACUGGUCGAUGAAGCUGUCCAGAACCUGGUGUCGCUGGCCCAGGACAAGAUAGCAAACAGGGAAGCCAGCUUCCAGUCGGCCAACAGCCACGGCCUGAGUCGGCACGUGUCGUCGCUCACGGACCGUGCGUCCGGCCACCUGGCGAGCGCAGACCACCAGCGCAGCUCGCUGCCGGACAUCCCGCUGACACCGCGCGAGCGCCAGAUCCUCGCGCAGACGUCCUCGUGCACGCUGGAGGAGCCCCUGGGCCGCGGACUGCCGCACUCCCAGAGCUCGGAGUCCGUCCUGGACGCUCCCCCGCCCAAGCCCCCGCGACCCGCCAGGUCGCACCACCUGUCGGAGAGCAGCGAGCCCCCGCCCCUGCCUCCCAAGCGGCGCCAGAGGCCGGCGCAGGCGUGCCCUGACGACGCGGGCGCCCUGAACGGCAGCGGGAGGAGCUCGGACCGGGCCAGCCUGCGCAGCAAGUCGCCCGAGGACACGUCCUCGCUGCUGAGCGCGUCCGCGGGCAGCCUGGACUCGGUGGUGUCGCGCGAUGAGGAGGAGAUACAGGCGCUGAUGGACCCGCUCGACGAGCCCACCUUCACCUCGGACAACAUCCUCUCGCAAGCGUCGUCGCUGCUGAACGGCAGCUCACCGUGCUGCUGGGAGAGUGCGAGCAACACGUCGGCCGAGCAGCCCGCCAGCAGGCCCGGCCCGCCGUCGCCCCUCUGCAGCUCCGAGCUGGCCGCCCCUGUGGCCCCGGGCUCCAUCACAGGUCUGGACGCAGUGGUCGUCAAGCAGGAGCGCCUCUCCUCGGCCACGGAGUCGGGCUUUGCGUCGAUGCACUCACUGCGCAGCUCGGGCCAGAGCUACACCGCGUCGUCCGUGUCGUCGCAGCAGUUCUGCUCGUCUCAGCAGAGCGGCGGCGGCUGCGAGACGUGGCAGGUGCACAGCGCGUCCUCCUCCUCCUCCUCCACCUUCGUCGCCACGACCACGCAGAGGCUGGAGGUGUGCGAAGCGGGCCCCGAGGCGUCGCCGCCCGCUCUGCCCAGGAAGAUGCGGUCUAGCAGGCGUCACCGCCAGCUGUCGCAGUACGACAACGUGCCCGCGGAGGGGGAGGGGGGCGACGCGCUGCCGGAGGAGGAGCGCGUGCUGAGCUGCAGUCUGCACCAAGCGGCGGACGGCAAGCCCCCGCCUCUGCCGCUCAAGAAGAAGCACAUAAUGGCGUACAUGGAGAUGUUCGGCAACUGCUCGCAUGCCAACACCAACGAGUUCCUGCGGCACUCGGUGCACACGUACAACCUGCUGCAAGCAGAGUGGCAGCAGCGUGAGAUCUCGCUCACGUCCACCCAGUCGUGCUCUUUCUCCGUGGUGUCCUCGCACAGCAGCCAGGUGGUGUCCGGCCCGGCGCCCGGCCCCGAGCUCGGCGCUCCUGCGGACAGCAGUUUGGAAGAGCCGGCGUUGCCGAGGGAAGUCCCAGAUGUUCCUCCUGCCCUGCCGCCCAAACGUAGCCGCACGUCGAGCGUGAAGUCAGCGGCCAGUCCUCCCCCCCUCUCCCCCGUGCUGCCCAGUGUGAAGAUCAACCACGUGGCCGAUGCUCAAGAGUACCCUAGAAGUGUGUGGGAUGUCAGCAGGGUGAAGGAGGACCAGAAGUGGCCGGCGGCAGAGGCGUCGCCCCUGCCCCCUCCCCUGGGUUCCAGCACCCCGUGCAAGGCACCAGAGGCCACGCCGGAGCCCCUGGACGAGUGCUCUCUGCUCGAGCAGCUGGACAUUGCGCAGUAUCUAGUCUACAAAAAGGGCGACGAGGAGGGCCCUGAUAUUCGUGGUGGCCACCCUGAUGCUCUCAUCAUACACGCCACCAAGGCCAACAAGAACGACUUCUUGUACCAAGAGGCAUUCCUCACGACGUACCGCACUUUCCUGUCACCGCUGGAGCUGAUCCGCAAGCUGUGCCACCGCCACAAGCGGUUCAGCUGCUCGUCGGACCCGGUGAAGCAGCGUGCCGCUCGUGAGGCCUUCUCCCUCCUGGUCAGGGUCGUCAGCGACCUCACGAUCUCUGACCUGGAUGAGACGGUCUUGCACACGCUAGUUGAGUUCGUGUAUCAGCUGCUGUGCAGUGGAGAUCUCACCAUGGCAAAGGCCCUCAGAGUGAAGAUAAUCGAGAGGUUCACAAUGAAGAGACUGUGCAACAACCCCAACACACUGCUCUCAUCACUCAACGUUUACACAAGGCAGUCUUCACUGCUGGACUUCAAGUCAGAGCAAAUCGCUGAGCAGAUGACGCUGCUAGACGCCAACCUGUUCAUGAAGAUAGAGAUCCCAGAGGUGUUGAUCUGGGCUCAGGAGCAGAAUGAGGAGAGGAGUCCCAAUCUCACCAGGUUCACCGAGCACUUCAACAAAAUGUCUUAUUGGGCGAGGUCGCGAAUCCUGGAGCAGGGCGAGGCGAAGGACCGCGAGCGUUACGUUGUCAAGUUCAUCAAGAUCAUGAAGCACCUGCGCAAGAUCAACAACUUCAACUCGUACCUGGCGCUGCUGUCAGCGCUCGACUCUGCCCCGAUCCGUCGGCUCGAGUGGCAGAAGCAGAUCACAGAAGGGCUGAAGGAGUACUGCGCGCUCAUCGACAGCUCAUCUAGCUUCCGCGCGUACCGGCAGGCGCUGGCCGAAACACAGCCACCGUGCAUCCCGUACAUAGGCCUGGUGCUGCAGGACUUAACUUUUGUGCACAUCGGAAACAGCGACCUGAUACCAGAUGGGUCCAUAAAUUUUUCCAAGAGAUGGCAGCAGUUCAACAUAGUGGAGAACAUGAAACGUUUCAAAAAGGGCUCAUACACGUUUAAGAAACACGAACGCAUAAUAGCGUUCUUCAGCAACUUCGAUGACUUCCUGUGCGAAGAGGCGAUGUGGCAGAUAUCAGAGUCUAUCAAGCCACGGGGCGGGAAGAGACUGCAGACGUGAGACUAAGAGACUUCUGUAGCAUCGCUUGUUCAUCGUACACUGUAGGCGUCACUGCACGGAUGUUAAUGUAGUGACGCACAGAAUUCUUCGAAAACAAUGUGCUGUCUCUUUCCAUAUCAUCAAACGGUUAGGCAGCCCCUAGCUAAGUGGGGUGUGUUUCUGUUGAAAAUGAACUCUAUGGCUUGUGAAAUGCAUAUAGAUAACAAGUUAAUGCACCAAUUUUUUGGUCAAUGUCAUUGGAGUGUGGAAUUUUUUUUUAUAAAUGUUAAGACAUCAAUUUGGCUUUCUUAUUUAAAAAAAAAUACUACACAUACAAAAACAUUGAUUAAUGGUGCUUUAAUCUUUUACCUUUAAAUCAUUUCAGCGAUGAAGAAAGUUCUACAGAAUUGGCAUCUGUGCUUACAAAUAAUGUCUUUCAGUGAGCUGCAUUGAGCUACCGUAAUGGUUUCCUCUGUCACAGCACAGCUCAGUAGAAGCCAAACACUUCAUAAAAAAAAAUCUUCUUUUAAAUGUUAAAAUUUCCAACAUCAUUUUGUUGUGUGAUAGAAAAUGCCAAAAGAUUUAUAGAUGUUACAGUAAUGUACUGUUGAGUGGAUUUGUAUGAAUGUUUGUUGAAAAUAUUGACAGCAAUAGUAGUGUAAUUCUCAGUAAUGUUAAAAUAGGUGCUUUACUGAUGUUGGGUGAGAAAAAAUAUGAAAAUGAUUUUUUUCCCCUCAUGUAAGGGUUUGCAGGAGACUGACAAAUAAAAAUGCAACAGCUACGCCAGGUAGUUGGGUUGUUUAAAGGGUAGAGACAAGAUUUUAUGGUUUUAUUUUUAGUCCAAUUUUGUUUUCAAAACGGAGGAUUUCAGUGUUAUUGUUUUUAUUUUUAUAAAAGCUGUUUUAUAAUACUUACUCCACCAAAAUAGGGGUGAAAUUUAUAUGCUGCAUUUUUUUGGUAAAAUAAUUUUUAAUAAAUUGGUCUGAAAAGAUACAUUCAGAGAAAUAAAAAUAAUUUGGCGAGCAUAUAUGGUUUAAAUUGAUUCAAUAAGAGAUGUACAAGAAAACAAAUUAAAUUAUUUUUUCUGAUCUAUGCACUUUGGUACAAUUUUUUGUCUGGAAAUGACAUUCCUGGAAUUUAAUUCCAUGAUAUAACUUUCAUUUCUGUGCUUUAUGGUGUAUUAAUUAAUUUGCAUUUCGGUGUUAUGCUGUGUUUUGACAUGAUUUUCAGUGUUAUUUCGGUUUUAUCACAAUUUACAAUAUAAUCUUGUCCCUAUUAAUGGGCAUAUCAGACUGGUCUAGAGGCGGGGCAAUGUGGGACCAUGUGUGUGAUCCGAGUAUUGUGUGUCCUUAUUGGUCGUAGGUCGGUGCGCUAGGCACUAUUGUAGUUCCAGGCUGUAAAGCAAUUUAAUGGGCAUGUGCCAUUGCUGAAUUGCACUGUAUGUCAUAGAAAAACCUUAAAAAUGUAUAACGAAGAUGAAUAAGUAAAAUUCGGCUUACCUAUGUCAAAUGUAAAUGCCUAGACAGCACAGAGUAUCCCGUGGAAGGAAUUUUGUCAUAAAAAAAUAGAUACAACUAAAUUACAGCAGAGACAAACACAGUAGGCUUCAUACGACAAGUUUCUGUUUUGUUAAGCUUGUGAUACAAAAUGGUCACAACUCAAUCUGUGUAUCAGCGGUAAAUUAGUUUUUUUUUUUAGAUUUUCAGUUGAUUUUUUAGUAAAUUAUCUGUCAAACUUAAAGGAGAUAAGUACAAUUUCUUCUACCUUUUCGUAUUCUCUUAAGAGAUUUAAAUUGGUAUUCAUUUUCAAGUUCAUUAUUUGUUGAGUUGUGUAUAAACAGUUAUGUACAUGUCGUGAGAACAGUUUUCUCUUCACCAAUAUCUACGUAAAGCAGGAAGAUGUUUCACAAGUCUAGUUUUUAUUUUAUUUGGAUGCUGUCAGUACAAUAUAUUUUAGUGUGAUCUGCAGUUGAUAUGCCCAUUAUAAAACAAAGACCACACGCAAUGCGCUGGGUAAAAGAACUCUGAAAUGGGUUGGAAUGUGAGCAGGAUGGCAAUAUUUCAAUAGGUAAUGUGUUUAUAUUCAAUGAAUUAUGAUGUGUACGAUUUAAACCUAAUACUUCAUUAACGUGUUCCUUUUUCUGAACAAAGGCUUUGGGAGGGGAGGUGGGCCAGAGUGUAUCUUAAAAACCAGUGAGAGAGGACGUUGAAAGAUAGGGAAAAAACUAAAUAAGCUAACCCGUAAGUUCAAGUUAAUUAUGUUGAUAUAUUUACUGUUAAUAAAUCUAUAAGUUAUAACAAAUUUUAAAAAUAUAUUUUGCUUGUGAAGUACAUAAUGCACAACUGAAUGAUCUGUAUUGCAAAUAUAAAAAAAAAUGUUAAAAAAAUAUAGGAGUUAAAACUAUGUGCAUUACUUGUUGAAAAUAUUUUUGUCCUGUAUCUCACAUUACAUGCUUGCUUGCAGGUUGGUUAAAAAGUCAAAUUUCUCAUCACAUAUAGCAUUCCACAGAAAGAUUUAUUGUCUUAUUAGCCUGUGCUCUAAUUUUUACUAAUCAUAGAAUGAUCCAAGAUGAUCCAAACGAAUAAACUAGGCCUAUUGUAGGUUUAAUCAGUAUUACCUGUUUAUGUUUUGUGGGUACGUUGUUAGAUUCGGUUUUGUGUGCUUUUUAUAAUGUGGCAAGGUACGAGUGACACAUAUCAGACUUCUUUGUGCCGCUUGUAGUGUGAUUUUGGUUGCCAUCGUCGUGUGUAAUUUAUUUAACUGCUUUUGUAGUUCCUGCCUCGGCUAGUGUGUCUGUAAUGCACAGGGUAGAAGUGUGUGCACCAUUAGUGCUGUGUAGUGUGUAUUGGAACAAAACAAGUUGUGUAACGGUGGUUGUGGAGUAUUGCACAGUCAAACACUAUUCUUGGUACAAGUGAUUUUAAAUUGCACAUAGUGAGAGUGGCUGUACAUACAAUGCAUACCUUUGUACUGGCCUAAUUUAUUAAUGUGAAUGUUUAACUUGAGUUGAUUUUGUUAUUUUUGUGUUUAAGUCUGAAAAAGUCACAAAUAAAACAGGUAGCUAUUGCGUGUUGUCAUCUUGUUUCUUGUUGCAGGAUGUGUUACUUCAGGGUUGUGUACAUAACAAAUUUUGUGUCUUGUAAUUAUGAAGAAAUUGUACAUUGUAUUAUGUGAUUUAUUUUGCAUUUUAAUGUGCAGCUAACUUUGUAAAUAUUCAAUAUAUUUUAUAGUAUGCAUUUUACUAAUGAGUUCAGAGUUCCUUCAGAACUUCGCAAUAACCUUACACAUCACUUAAUUGUGCCCAACUUCUGAAUAAGACAAGUUCUUCCAUCAUCAUGUCAUAUUGAAGGUUACUAAAAAUUAGGAGGAAAAUGUGUUUAGCAUUUGGUAAAUACAGACAGAAUAGGAUUUCAAAUAUUUCUGUCAUUUUAAUUUUUGUUUAUUUUCAGAAUGUUUUAGUAUCAGAUAGAUACAGUUUUGAUGCACAACUAGAGUUCUCAAUUCUUGCAUUGUGAACAGCUAUGUGAGAUCACUUGAUGAUUCUUAACUGUUUUAUUAAGUAAACUUUUAGUUAUCUGCAGCAGUGACAUGAUUGUGAUAGAAAUAUUAUUGUACGGUAGUUUAAAAGCAGUUUCUGAUUAUUGGUUUGAUGGUUGCUUGUUAAGUAUGUAAUAUUAGUGGAUGCAUAUUUUUUUGCUGACCACUGCAGUAGUACUCUUGAGUUCUCUGUGAACAUAAAAUGAUUCUUAAAUUAAACUAUGAGUGCCAUAUGGGCUUGAAUAUUUGUGGCAGAUACAGACUACAGCCUCAUUUUGAUGGAAGAUAAGAUACAUACCUAGACAACACAUUUAGCUUGUCUAAGCUGCACUGAAGUGAGACUGAAUUAUAAAUAUACACAUUAGAAAUCAGCCAUUUUCCCAACUCUAGAUGUGUGUUGUAUAAAUUUAUGUAUUUUAUCCAAAUGUGUAUCUGCUUUUAAUUGUUGGGUUUGCUAUAUAAUUUUAUUGUAACGUAUAUAAAUGGUUUAUGAUUAAUUAAAAACCAAAAUAUUUAUAUUUCUUGCAUCAUUCAUUCAUGAAUAAACUGUAUUCUUUUUUGUAUGUUUGUGUGUUGUGAUAAAAUGUUUGAAUGUGUUUGCACAAUUUUUCCAUCAUUGCAUUAAUUUUGUAGUGAAAAAUUAUAUAUGAAUGAAGGUGGUUGUGAAAAUCAUAAUUAUUUGAAUGGUACUUUUAAAAAUGUUGCAACAAUUUUGUUGAAUUUUGCAAUCUGCACUACUGUUCCUGUACUAAAAGCAAUUUGCAUGCAUGGAGAUAAUACAUAGAAGUAUACAACAAUGAAUGACAAAUUUUUCAGGAGAAUCAAAAAACCAAUAUUUUUAUCUUUAACCUUAAAACUGGUAACAAAAAUAGCCUUGUAAUUCCUUAUGUUUAGCUUUCAUUGAAAUUUAGUUAUACUUUGGCAACAUAGACAUGUAUGUGUGUAUGAUGGCUAAUGCUUACUAUAAAAUAAUACUUUCAUGGCCUUUUUAUAUUAAUAAUAGUAAUAAUAAUAUUAUUAUUAAUGUUCGGAUAUUCAGUUUUUGCCAAUUCACUGUUAAGCCCAUUCCCAUUAGAGGAAUGGAAAUUGUGUUCCGAGGAGACAUUAUUCAGUUAAUUAAGCUUGAAGAAUGGAGCAUAAUGCAAAAAAGUAUAGUUUACUAGGUUUGCUAACCCUUGCCAAAUAAAUUUCAUCCUGAAAUAUUUGUUUAAGGUACAGGGUAGUUACACUUGAUUUAAAAAAGGAAACUGGAAAGACGCAAGUACAAUCUGGAUCUUGGCUAGUGUCCAUUUUUGUCUUUGAAUUGGAUGCCUAUUGGUUUACUUUCUUUUUGUGUGGUCAGUGUAAAUUUAGUUCUUACCUCUUAGGCUUGUAAAAUACCCUCCCCUAUAAUGAAAUUGCAGCUCUGCCCCAGAACAUAGUCCCAGCAGUAUCUACGGACCCUUGUUACCACCAGCGCAGGUGUGUGUGGGUAGUACUGCAAGCACACUGCCAGCAAAUUUGAGCCCAAGUAAUUUUUUUACAACUUUGUUUUCUGCUCUUGAACUAAAUAAACACUACAAAAAUUAUUGGUAGCUGUCAGUAUGGUAAAACUGGUACUUUUGGGUUAUACAAAGUUUUCGUAUCAAAAAGUAUGCCUAUAUAUUUAAAAAAAAAAAAAAUAAAAAAAAAAAAAUACUUUGACAAAUACUUGUCUGAAGAAUGCAAGAGUUCAGGACUGAAAAGGGUUAUUUCAUAAUUACCUCAAAGUUGUGUAUAUUUUCAUUUCAGGCUGUGUUAGGAGAGUUAGAUUUCAGCGGGCUUAUUCUGUGUUUAUUAGUACAUCUAUAAUUUUUCUGACGACGUAGAAUAUCAAGAGCAAUAAAAGUGUAUUCUAAGUAGGUACAGAGUUGUUAAGAUGCUACGGUCACUUGGUAAUUUAAGGUUUUACGUUUUAAUUCUUUUUGUUGAGACUUGAGAGUAAGUAUGACUUCACAAUGGCAAUGUAACAAAUGAAAAUCAAUAUUUGGGAAACAAAUGUGUUAUGUCAAUGUAUGAAGUAAUAUUUAGAAUCAUAUCACUAUGGUGAUAUUGUAGUUACUAGUUUCUGUAUGAGAUUCAGUCCCAUGAUGAAAACUUCAUGUUUACAACUGUGGUGACACUGAGGAGGUCGUAUUUGUUUAAUGUUCUUAUAACCUCAACUGGGUGAGCAAGGAAACUGUGAUAUUCCAAAAUAGUGUAAUAAGUAAAGAAAACCCAUGCAAUUGUGAUAUGUUUUAUUGGAAGAUAAUUUCAUCCAGAUGUUUGAUACGCCCUUGGUUACCGUUGAUAGACUGAAGUGAUGGGGGUAAUAUAGCACCCAAGGAAACGGAGAAAACCUAGCAGCUAGUUAAAAUGAUCGCCACUGUCCCCAUCUGUGUAGAAUCCAGAUGUGACCUCUAAGGGAAUCGAUGGCUAGUGAUGUGACCUCUCAACCACUGUGCCUGUAUUUGACUAUGCUACAAAAUCAAUGCUACGUAAAACACAUGAUCCUAACAUGUACAGAUGUUGGGGACAUUCCUAACAGAGGCCAUAUGUGUCAUGUAAAUCAUUUACCAACCAAUUAUUUUUUUCAUAAAAUUUUCCUGACGUCACAAGAUUGACACAAAUUAAUCGUAAAGUUGUUUAAGACUGGUUGAAUAUUUUUACAUUUUUAUUUGUUUAAGUUACAAUCCUUUCAGUUUAAAACUUAAAAAUAUUAAUGAAUAUCACUUAUAACUUUGUUGAUUUCCCAGACUUGUUUUGCCAUGUGAAUCCUUCUCUAAUGGCCUCUUUUCAAGGAAGUGUUAGCCCUAAGUAAAAAUAUAAGCUGAAUGAACCUAUCGUACAAUGACAAAAACAGCAUGUAUAUCUUAAUGCGUGUUUUUGAAUUAAUGUGAAUUUCAAAUAGCAACUUAAGGAACUAUCCUAAUUAAAUAAUUUUUUUUAUUUUAAUGGGUUUUAAUUUAUCCCUCUGAAUUUUCUUUUCAUUUUGAACAUUGAUGGCUUGAAUUUCAGUAUUAACUUUGUCUAUUUUGACAGAUAAAUGCAACAAAUACCACCUCCACCCAUCACUAUUUUGGCUGUAUCAGUGUAUUUAUUUUCUACUGCAAGAGUGAUUUAACAUAAAAACUUAAAAUAUGAAAUUCACAAAUGAGUGAUAGUCAACAAGUAACAACAUAUUUAAUUAUUAUGAUAAACUUAAAAUAAGCACCCAGGCAUAUUUCUACAAAACACUGAGUUUUUCUCCAGUGCAGUGAUAUCAGGAAGUCACCUAAACUCCUGCAACUGAAGAAAAUUUUUUUUUCUGCAUACAUAAUUCAUUUUUGUGAAUUUACUUCCAACACCACUGGGUACAAAACAGUAGCCCUCUGAACUAAAUUACCUAGUAAAGUACUAGUACACUACCACACAGUGAAUUGGGGCAAAAACUAGCUGAAAUAUGGUAUUCACCACAGACUGUAAAGCUGGAAUGCGUAUGAAAAAUGAAAAAUAGUUGCGUUAUUACACCAGUGAUUAGAAAGUUGGUGAUUCCUGAGGCAAAGUGUUUCGAACUUGCAAUGCUUGCACGAUAGAAGAAUUGGGCAAGCUCCAAUGAGACUUUACAUUCAUACCUAGUGGGGUUUCAGGCAGAUUUGUAAUGUGAUAAAUGACACGUGCAGUCAAAACCGCGAGCAUUUGAGAAAUGUUUAAUAGUUUGUGGAGUUGUGUGGGAAGGUGCUGGCAAAGCUUGAGCACACGUUGAAAUGAAAAUAUUCCUACCUUUGAGGUUAAAUGUCUUGGAAAACUAUGCUCUUUUGCUUCAGGUACAUAAAUACUGCAUUGCAUUGAAGUUAAUACAAAACAAAUAUUAAUAUACAGUGGUAUGUAAACAAAUUUUAACAAGCUGCUCUAUUGAAAGAAAACAUACAGAUGAGCGUUGGUCUUCUUCAAAAACUCAUUAAGGAAAUGUACUUGCAAAAUAGUAAAUGUGACUCGCUAGAGAAAUCAGGAAACAGCAUUGAAAUGAAAGCCGACAGUAAUGAUAAACUCUGAGCAAACCAAAAUUGCAGACAACAUAGUAAUGUGAUGUGGCUGGAAUCUAGCCGUCAGCAGCUCGAAUGUGUCAGACUAAACACCAUUCACUGUAAUAUCUAUAGUAUACAGUGUAAAAUAGAUGUGAUAUGACAAACUGAUAGAUGAUUCAAGGUGUAAACUUUUGUUACAUACAUACAGAAAUUAUUGAAAGUAGUAAUUCUUGUUGUAGUUUCUAUUCUUUUCUUACUUUUUGAAUUUUGUCUGUCUACAUUAUCACUAAGGUUUCUAGGAAAAGUUUGUUCAUUGCUAGUUAAAAGUUACAUUUUUGGGAGUUCUUUGCUGAUAUUGCACCUACCCAUGUUUUCUGCCCCAACCCUCGCGCCUUUAUUGUAUGUGCCAUUGUGUCUGGUUCAAGCAUAUCAUUGAACAGUGAUACCGUCAAAUAUUAAAGUAGGGUCAAAUAGUUUUAAGAGAUCGUGCUAAACCUAAAUAACUACCUAAGAUUUUAUUUGUAACAAUAAUAAUAUUCCCAAGUGUUUAACUCCAAUGAAUAUUUAAUGAUUAGAUUGCGUGUGAAUAUAUUUUUAUUUAAAGUUGUGCUAAAUUGAAACUUUAUUGCAAUGGUUUGAAUCCAUGAUUAUAUAACUGUAAGUCUUCUUUUUUAUGAUCAAGACACUGCUGAUAUAAUUUGGAAUCUUAAUUUUACACAUGAAAUUAUUUUUGGUAAAUAUCUUUUGGUCUUAGUAUUAUUUGGUCUUGGCAGAGGUGAGUUUGCAUUAAGUACAUUUCAACUUGUUACCAUUGGGGUAUCGUCAUCACUCUGCUGCUGCUAUAAUUAAGUCGUUUUUGACUGUUAAAUAAUGUGAUGUUGCAGCAGCUUUAAAAUUUAUACCUCCAUUAUAAGCAUAGAAUGGACUAGAACUUAAGCUUUUUUGAAACUUUAAAAAAAAAAAUUCUUGCAUUUAUCAAUUCAAUCAAUCAAAUACCUAGAUUCUUACUGAAUAUUGUGUAUACAUACUGUGAAAUCUCGUUACCAAGUACUUCACUUUGCAAGUGAUCCUUUCUUUUAAGUUUGGAAUAUAAGUAUUUUAAAAUUCCUACAAGGCAAUAAUGCAUUUUGUAACAGUUCAGUAUAAAGUACGUCCAUUAAUCACCAGAGUUGAAUGAUUCUUCAUAGAGGUUUUAAUGUGAUCUCACUGACUACUUGACUCAUUUGUGUAGGUUUUUUUUAAGCUAAAUAUGUUAACGUAGGACAUUUUGUGCCAUAUUAUUUUCAAUCAUAAUGGCAAUAAUGUACAUUACUGUAUUGUAUUCAGAGAUUGUGUAAUGGGACACUGCAUUACUGUUCAUUAAUUUGUAUUUCAGUAUUUUUGAUUCUUUUUGUGCUGUUAUUGACCAUGUUGACUGGUUUACUCAUACUCUCAUAUUUGCUUUUUUACAUACAAUUGCAAUCGUUAAUUUCAUUUAAAGAACUAUGCUUUUUUUCUGUUCCCCCCCCCCCCCCCCUUUUUUUUUUUAUAAAUGUAGUUUGUGUAGGAGUCUUGUAAAACUGCCAUUGGUUAGUGUCAUAUUGAAUUUAAAAAUUGCAAAAUAGUUUUCCUGUGUACCUAGGUAAGUAAAUAUUUUCCAGAAAACAUAGCCUAUAGAAAUUGAUUUGGUUUUUUAAUUACACAACACAUUUUUACUACAGUUCCUCAUCAAAUCAAGACAGGAGUUUAAGAAAUAUGCUUACAUAAAACAAUUCAGUACAUCAUGUUAGCUUGAUAAUUUUAAAUGCAGUAAAUGCAUACAGUAAGUUAUUGCUCAAGUUAUUAUGCUAUUGAAUUUUGGGCUUGCAAAGGAAAUAAUUUUCACUUUGUCAAAUUAUAAUUGAUGCAAGUGAAUACAGUAAGUAACAACUAAAAAUUUUCUAUAAAACAAGUUCAGGUAGAAUAUUCUUUUCCAGUCAUUUUCCUUUACUCUCUAUACAUACAUAAUCACUAAACUGGUAAUUCAUUAUCUUUUUAUAACACUUUCAAGAUUCCUGCUGCUGUUAAUUUAUUACAUUUUGAUUAAAUAAUUACAAGUAGCAUUAUAUUUUUUAAAAUCAUUAAAAUUAUAUAUUUGGAUUCAUGGUAUGAUAGAUUAUUAUUUCACAAAAAAUUUAUUUUAUUGAACUGAAAAUGUAACUAAUAAAUAUAAACCAUGCUCAAAUUUUCAUUUAUGCUUUGGUUCAUUUAAUUUUAUGUUCAUACUACAGUCCAUUAGUUGCCCUAACCAUGAUGUUACAGUGUGAAUAUGUUGUAAAAAUACACAGUUGUAGUCAACUUAUUUUGUGUUGGGUGUGACUUAAAUUCCAAAUAUUGUGCAAUUUUUAUAUAGUUUAAGGCACUCACUCAUAUUUCAAGCACAAAUAAUGUACCUGUGGUUGUAUCUUUACAGUUAUGUCUUAAUUUUUUUCUUUUCAAAUAGUCUGUCUGUGACUUCCUGUACAUUUUUGAGGCCUUUCUGUGUAUAUGGUUAUUAUUUUAAUGAAUUAUAAAUUAAUAAUAUAAUACAUGCAUUAUAAUUUUAAGAGAUUGGUUGAUAUGUGUGUAUUCUUUUUUCCUUGUUAUCACAGAAGUUUAAAUGAUCUGUGUCCUACUGCUGGUGAGUGAUAGUUUUAUGGUUUGAUCACUCAUAACUGCAGUGCUUGGAAUUCAAUUUUUGAUGUGUCUUGCAUGAGAAAAUAAUGUUUUGAGGCAAUGAUUAUAUUUUUCUGGUUGAAUGUUUUGACAUGUGAAUGUUUUUUCUUCUAAACUUAUUGUGGAAGUGGGCCUAAAGGACAAAGAUUCCUAAAAUCAACAAGAAGUGAUCUUGAGAAACGAAGAUAAAACUGUUGUAUUGUGCUGUAGCUCAAUGUGUGUUGUGUUGUGUUGUGUUGUGUUGUGUUGUGUUGUGUUUGUGUUUAGCAUUGUGUGUGUAUGUAUGUGUGUGCCCAAGUUAGACAAAAUGUACAAUAUGUUAUAAUUUGUAUGAUUGAUCAAUUUAUUUCUAUAAAUGGAUUUAUGUUAAGUUUGUUGUCUGUUAACCAUCUCCAACCCAUAUGUUGUCCGGUGAAUUGCAUCUGUAUUCGUGUCCUUAGUUGGUGCUUCUAAGUCAUGCUUUUUUUUAUGUGUUGCCAAAUUGUUAGUUUUGUGUAGUGAUCUUGUAAAAUUUCUGACUAAAAAUAAUUGUGUUUAUGUUGUCAUGAUUAAUUUAGAUUUAUGAUUUUGACUUGUAUCAUAAUGUGUAAUAUAUUUUUGUAAUCAUCUUGUUGUGUAAUUAUACUUUUGUUACAAACUACUUUUGUAAUGCAUGAGAACCAAGUAAAAACAUUUAAAAUAUUAGGUUUU